AUGGGUGAGGUACCACCCCCGACAGACCAUACGAACCGCGCACAGCACAAUGCACGGAAGUUAGCGACGGAUAUUGGACAGAGGGAGGAACAGAAUUUUUACAUGGAUGCAGAAAGACAAGGAGAUGACUCCAACUUUAUAUGUAGUGAGAACACACCAACUGAUGAGAGCACCAUGGCUAAAAUGAAUCAACCCAGUGGAGAGAACAGGCCCCCUGCAAGUGAUAUACACAAGGGGGGUGAUUACCAUCCACACAAGUGCACUAGGGAUGAACCAGUAAAUACUUCGCCUGAACAGUAUGAAGCCUCAUUAAAGGAUAUUGUAGAAGGAGGGGCACAACAACCUAGUGAAAGCCAUUGCCAGGGUGGGCAGGAAUUUCCCUCUCAUGCACAUAAGACAUGCAGGCACAAAAAAAAAAAAAAAAAUGUACAUCACAGAAUGGACCCGGAAGAACAGGGUAAUCUUAUGGACUUCUCACCAAUGAAGGAUAAGAAGAAUCACAAAGACAUGCUCAAUUCAUAUGUAAGUAACUUGUAUAAUCGUUGUAACCCGAACAAGACAGCACACCACCCAGUAGGGCAACUGAAAUUGAGGACCAACAGGGACGAUAAAAAAAUGGUCAAAGAUAUUGUGACCCCACAGGAUGUUAAAGUUAUGAAGGAGUACUUACUGAAGGGGAAGAAAAAAUAUACGCAUGGCGACAUGCAGCAGUUGGGGGGUACAUCCUCCGACCACCUGCACGGGACAGGACGUAGUGCGGGGUGGGGGGGCAGAUGGGCUGCAGGUGGUAAAGUGAAUCGCCCGUUGAGAUUCUUUCCAGCGAAGUUCGUGCCCCAUUCCGGGCACAGCCAACACGGAGUAGCCAAGAGGUCCAUAAUAAAUGAAAAGCUACAGCGAAAUUUAAACCAGAUAACGCUGAGCUCUCCGGGCAGCGGACGCGGUCAUCAGAAGAAACGUACUAAGGAGGAUGCUAAGGCAGGUGCGCUACACAACAUAUACAGAGGUGUCGUCAAGUUGUAUGUAGACAUCACUGAACCUAGCCUUGAAAUGAUUUGGAGUAACAGUCCCCCCAAGCGUGUCACCGGCUCCGGGUUUGUCAUUGAGGGGGAUCUUAUCUUAACGAAUGCACAUAAUGUGGCAUACAGCACAAGGAUCUUAGUGAGGAAGCACGGGAACUCCAAAAAGUAUGAGGCUACCGUUUUGCACGUUGCGCAUGAAGCCGACAUAGCGAUCCUAACGGUACAAGACAGAAGUUUCUACAAGGACGUGAGCGCCCUGGAGCUGGGUCCGCUUCCCUCCCUGCGGGACGACGUCAUAACGGUCGGCUACCCGACGGGGGGGGACAAACUCAGCGUAACCAAGGGCAUAGUGAGCCGGAUAGAGGUCCAGUACUACAGGCACUCCAAUGCGAGACUGCUGCUGACACAGAUAGACGCGCCGAUGAACCCAGGAAACAGCGGGGGGCCCGCACUUGUAAAAGGGAAGGUAGCAGGAAUUUGCUCCCAGUUAUUGAAGAUGGCGAACAACACCUCGUACAUCAUCCCCACCCCAGUGAUAAAGCAUUUCCUUCUGGACCUGCACAAAUCAGGCAAGUACAAUGGGUACCCGUCCCUGGGGGUGAAGUACGUUCCCCUCGACAAUGCUAAUCUACGAAGACUCGUGGGGCUGACCGAUUUGGAGAAGCGGCACGCAGUGGAGGAGAACAGUGGCAUUCUCGUCACGGAAGUUGACGAGGAGCAAAUGCGGUACGAGCCAGGGGACGUGGACUACUGUGAGUACGCGGAGGGGCGCGCGUAUGCACGUGCAACAAAGGCACCCCCAAAAAAGGCACUCGCAACAGACACACCCGACGAACACUGCUACGGGCUGAAAAAAAAUGACGUGGUCAUAUCAAUAGAGGGCACACAAAUAAAAAGCGACGGAACGGUAACCCUACGAGGAGACGAAUCCAUAGACUUCCAAUUUUUACUGAAUGGAAAAUACGUUCACGACCUCUGCAUUUGCAGAAUCGUGAGAAGGGGACGUAUUAAAUCAGUAGUGGUUAGAGUGAGUAGGGUUAACUACCUAAUUAGGCAACACAACUGGGAUGUGAGAAACAAGUUUUUCAUUUAUGGAGGCGUCGUCUUCACCACACUCACUAGGAGUCUGUACACUGGUGAAGCAACGGACAAUGUGGAAUUGCUGCGUCUACUACAAUUUAAUUUUUUUAAGAAAAACAAACAGGACGAAAUUGUUAUUGUGAAACGUGUCCUCCCGUCAACGCUAACCAUUGGUUUUAAUUAUACGGACUGCAUCGUCCUCACGGUGAACGGCAUGCCGGUGCGAAAUCUACAACACCUUGUGGACGUCAUUGACGGAAGGCACGGCCCCCUUGGGGACCAGACAAGGACCACAUACGACGUGACGACGAAGUGGAAGAAGAAGAAAGAGGGGCCUUCCACCUCGCAGGAUGUCAAUCCGUAUCUCAAAUUAACCUUAGAGGAUAAGGAUCCUUUUUUCCACGUGCAAAAAAUGCAGAAGAUGCACAAGAUGAACAGGACGAAGAAGAUGAAGAAGGAGGAGGAGGAUGACAAUAACCUGCUCUACUUUCUCCUGCUCACUUCAAAUGGACAACAGGUGCCACUUGUUUUACUCCGCAACGAGGUCCAAAGGGAGUCGCCAGAAAUUAAGCGCGUCUAUGGCAUCACUCGUGAGCGCUACUUGUACAACGAUUAG